AUGGGUAUUGGGUUGCCAGGUAACAUUGCUAAGCAAAUUCUUCGACGGACUGGUUCCGGUGGCUCCAGCAAAUCAUCGUCGAGGUUCCCAGACGUGCCAAAGGGUUACUUAGCAGUAUAUGUUGGCGAGUCACAGAGGAAGCGGUUUGUAGUGCCAGUUUCGUAUUUGAGCCAGCCUUCCUUUCAAGACCUGUUGAGUAUGGCGGAAGAGGAGUUUGGUUUUGAUCAUCCAAUGGGUGGCUUGACAAUUCCUUGCCGGGAAGAAACUUUCAUUUCUGUCACUUCAAACUUGAGUUGA